AUGGCUGAUGUUGAAAUGGACGUCGAUGUCGAGGCGGGCUCUCCCCCUCCCCCCGCGCGCAACGAAAGCGACAUGCAAACGCAUACCAAAGCAACAGCCGUCCGCUCCAUCGAAGGCUGGAUCAUCGUAGUCACCAACGUACACGAAGAAGCCGACGAGGAAACCCUACAAGAUCUUUUCGGAGAGUAUGGCGAGAUCAAGAACAUGCACCUGAACCUUGACCGAAGAAGCGGUUACGUCAAGGGAUACGCCCUCAUCGAGUUCACAACACUGGAGGAAGCCCGAGCCGCCAUCGACGGCGCACACAACCAGAAACUUCUCGAGCAGACCAUCUCUGUGGACUUUGCCUUCGUGCGACCCCCGCCUGGAAAGCCCGGUCGUGGAAAGGGCGCUGGAGGACGAAACCGUGGCCGAAGCAGGAGUCGCAGCCCCGAGGGCAAGCAGGAGGAGCGCGACGAGCGGGAUUGA